CGGCAAACAAAAACAUUACUACCUUUACGGCAAUGAUGAGUACUUUUCCUCCUGAUCAAGAAGAAGCUCCACUUUUGAACUGCAUAAGCAAGAUUCUAUUGGAAGAAGACAUGGAAGAGGGAACCUACUUUUUCUCAGAUGCAACUGUUGAAGCUGCUCAAAGGCCCUUUUCUGAUGCACUUGCUGAGAAAAACAGCUCAGAACGACGGUUAAUUAGUGCUCCACGUAGUUAUGCGUCAAGACAACACAUUAACUUAGUGCAUAACAACACUACUACUACUCCUAAUUAUAGUAGUGAUCAUUGCUUUAAUGUUGACCAACCCUUUUUGCUUAAUGAUGUCUUCAGUAGUACUAUUCAUGAACCAUAUUGUAGUUACAAUAGUAUUAUUCCAGCUCUUCCUGUGAUCAACUACAAUUUUCAGCCCAGUUCAUCAACUACUCCCCGCCAUGCUGAUAAAAUGGUAUUUGAUUUUGAAGGUGAUAAUCCUAUGAUUCCACUGAAACUCAUGAAGGAAAUACCAAGUAAAGGUAAGAGUCAAUAUAAUCACUUGAAUGGUGGAUUAUUGAUGAAAAGGAAAAGUGUAAACCAACUUGAGAUUGAGACUUUGGCUGGAAGAAAGGACAAGCAAUUGACAGUGUAUAGUGAUCAUGAAUCUGAGCUAUAUGCUGAGACUUUUGAUAUGGUUUUACUCGCCAAUGGUUGGCAAAAUGGACUCGAAACAAGUAGAAGGAGAGAGUCAAAAGUGUCUAAUAACAGUAAUUAUAUUGCAAAAACCAGGAGGAGGAAAUGGGCUGGUGGUGAAGAAGAUUUGCUUGAUUUAAGAAAUCUACUUACUCAUUGUGCAGAAGCUGUAGCAGUCAAUGAUCGAGAGACAGCCACCGAAUUACUACUUCAGAUAAGAAGAAACUCUUCUUUCUCAGGCAAUGGAUCUCAGAGACUAGCUCACUACUUUGGUAAUGCACUUGAGGCACGCUUGAAUGGUAUUGGGAAUGAUUUAUACACAGCUCUGGCUGCUAAAAGAAUGUCAGUUCUCACUUCCUUAAAAUCUUGCAGACUGUUUCUUUCAGCUUGCCCUCUCAUCAAGCUAUCUAACUUCUUUAUCAACCAUACGAUUUUGGAGUUAGCAGAGAAAGCAAACACCCUCCACAUCAUCCACUUUGGCAUUCUAAAUGGUUUUCAAUGGCCUAGCCUCAUCCAGCGCCUCUCCAUGAAGUCCGGUGGCCCUCCUCUUCUGCGAAUCACCGGUAUAGACCUUCCCUUACCCGGGUUUAGACCAGUAGCAAGGCUUGAAGAAACAGGUGAUCGUUUGGCGUACUACUGUAAAAGAUUUAAUGUCCCUUUUACGUACAAACCAAUAGCGCAAGCAUGGGAGAACAUAACAUGUGAAGAUCUCAACAUUAACAAGGAUGACAUUACUGUUGUGAACUCCUUGUAUCUAUUCAGAUACUUACUUGAUGACACUGCAGGGUUACACAGCUCAAGAGAUGCUGUACUGAAAUUGGUGAAGCGUACUCAUCCAGAUAUUUUCAUUCAUGGGAUUGUUAAUGGGGCUUACAAUGCUCCAUUUUUCACUACAAGGUUCAGAGAGGCGCUCUACUAUUUCUCAACUGUGUUUGAUAUGUUGGAGGCCAACUCACCCCAGGAAUUUGAGCAGGACAGGAAGGUGUACGAGCAAGAGUGCUAUGGAAAGGAGAUCUUGAACGUGGUUGCCUGCGAAGGCUCGAAAAGGGUCGAAAGGCCGGAGACGUACAAGCAGUGGCACGCAAGGAACUUGAGAGCUGGGCUGAAGCAGCUUCCGUUGAGCCGAGAGAUUAUGAAGAAAGUGGAGCAAAUGAAGGCCUCAUGUUACCAUAAGGACUUUUUGGUCGAUGAAGAUAGCCAAUGGAUGUUACAAGGUUGGAAGGGGCGAGUACUGUAUGCUCUCUCAUGUUGGAAACCUGACUAGCUAGCUAAGAUCAUCAUAACCAAGGGGAUAAUAAUUAACAUGUAUUUGUAAUAAUCAUAGAUCUUGUUACUUUUAAAUUAGAUUUCUUAUAUCAUGCUAGCUUGGAGCUUUUUAACCUGUGUAUCUGAGCUGCUUAUGACACAACAUAUUUAUAUAAAAUAAUUAGCACCCUUUUUCUCGUUUGUGUUAAUAAUCUUGCUCUCUCUUAUAUUAAAAUUAUGUCAAUAAAAUCUUGCGCGGUUUAUCUCUUUAAAUUUUG